UGACAGCGCCGUGGCGGUGGCCGUGGCCGUGGGGCGCGCGGGGACCGCCCGGGGUGCCCGCUCCGCUCAGCGUCGCGGCCGCGUGGCCCGACGGAGCCCCGAGACCACCCCCGGGCGGGGCGCUGCCGCGAUGUCGGUGGCCGGGCUCAAAAAGCAGUUCCACAAAGCCAGCCAGCUGUUUAGUGAAAAAAUUAGCGGUGCCGAAGGAACGAAGCUGGAUGAGGAGUUUCUGGACAUGGAAAAGAAAGUAGAUAUUACGAGUAAGGCUGUUGCAGAAAUCCUGUCAAAAGCCACCGAGUAUCUGCAGCCCAACCCAGCAUACAGAGCUAAGCUGGGGAUGCUGAAUACUGUGUCGAAGCUCCGAGGGCAGGUGAAGGCCACCGGCUACCCACAGACGGAAGGCUUGCUGGGGGAUUGCAUGCUCAAGUAUGGCAAGGAGCUUGGAGAAGAAUCUGCUUUCGGCAAUGCACUGAUAGAAGUUGGUGAAUCCAUGAAACUCAUGGCUGAGGUGAAAGAUUCUCUGGAUAUUAAUGUGAAGCAAACGUUUAUUGACCCCCUGCAGCUACUGCAAGACAAAGAUUUAAAAGAGAUCGGGCACCACCUGAGGAAACUGGAAGGCCGCCGCCUGGAUUAUGAUUAUAAAAAGAGGCGAGUAGGUAAGAUACCCGAGGAAGAAAUCAGACAAGCGAUAGAAAAGUUUGAAGAGUCAAAGGAGCUGGCCGAGAGAAGCAUGUUUAAUUUUUUAGAGAAUGAUGUAGAGCAAGUGAGCCAGCUGGCCGUGUUUGUAGAGGCAGCGUUAGACUAUCACAAGCAGUCCACAGAGAUCCUCCAGGAGCUGCAGAACAAGCUAGAGUUGCGUAUAACGUAUGCCUCCAAACUCCCCAGGCGAGAUUACGUGCCAAAGCCUGUGAGCACGAGCCCCAGUGACAUCAAUGGAGUCUCCACCAGCACUUCCUCAAAGAUAUCAGGUACUCACAUUCCCGCGGACCAACCCUGCUGUCGCGGUCUCUAUGACUUUGAGCCAGAAAACCAAGGAGAAUUAGGAUUUAAAGAAGGGGACGUCAUUACACUAACCAAUCAGAUAGAUGAAAACUGGUACGAAGGAAUGCUGCGUGGGGAAUCUGGCUUCUUCCCCAUAAAUUAUGUGGAAGUCAUUGUGCCUUUACCUCGGUAAAUGUGUCCGUUGGACCUGAUUUCAUAACUGAAAUGAAUUUGCACCAGUGUUCCCUCGGUGUGAUGUUCUGUGACACCCUCCCUCCCUGGCCCACUUACUCACUUUUGUAUGUGUGUUUUCUUUAUAAUGUAUUUUGUAUCAAUUUAAUUUGUUUAAUCGAUUUCUUUGUCCUAACUCAUAAAGAUAGUUUUCUUCUUGUUCUAAAAAGUCAUUGGUUAAAUGUAUGUGCUUCCUGUUGCUAAGAAAAGUGAAUUGCGCCCAUUACAGAUACGUGAACAAAUGGCCUGUCUGGUCCUUAGCUGCAAUGGAGCACACCCUUUGCGGCUAAGAAAGCUAACAAGUUUGUUUCUUGAGGUUUUGAUGGCAUUCCGUCUUUUCCUGUUUUAAGCUUACCUGUGAACAGCCCAAUAAACAUGACACACUGUGUUCAUAAAAGACUAUGGCUAUUUUUUAUGUUAAAUUGCUUUUUAAGCAUGGACUUCAGCACAGAUUUCUCCUGUGCCCCUUGGUUGACCCGCGGUCCCACGCAGAGUCCUUAGACGAUGGUUGUGGAUCAGUGUCAGCAAGUGGGGGUGUGGCUCUUUAUCUGCCAGCGAUUUAAACGUGGUUCGUCCUUUCCUCAGCCCAAGACUGGAAAACCUCCUCGCCUAGUGUUAAGAUUAUAAAACAGCCCACAUCAGCCUUGUCUGCCGUCACACGUGGGCAGGGAUGUUUUCAAGCUGUCCCAUUGUGGAUGCUGAGGCAGGAGCAUGGUCUCUUGGGUGGAGUGUCUGAUAACUUAGGUUUACAGAACAGCCUUGGCCUUACCCUGAGUAUGACUUCAUCACGUGCUGUGGCUCAGUGGAGUCCACAGCAACCCUGCGGCACAAAGAAGAGGCAGCCGUUGCUCCCCUUUGCAGAGUGGUCACCCAGGGUCAAACAACCAAAUCAUGGCAGAGGCAGAACUUGAACUCUUGACUGUGUAGUGGAUGCUGGCACCCGAGUGUCUGUCAGUCACUGGGACCUGCCCUGUUGAUCCCUGGCAUUUGUAACCAAAGCCCAGAGGCCAGAUUGGUCCCCCCUCCCCCUGAGAAGGUGACCUAAGUUGUGUUUCCUAGUGUCCUGAGCUCUCUUUCUUAACAGGUUCAUGUACGUAAGUGUGGAGAGGGCAGGGGGUGUAUACAUAUGCACACACAUUCCUUGUACAUUCAGUGUCUACCGGAAGUGGUAGUUCUGAACAUUCACGGGAUAUUUAUGCCAAAUGCUGCUCAAAGCAGCUUCUGCGAUAUGGGCACACACCAUGUAUGCUGUCCGCUUGAUGUCCUUCUUCAGAUACUAGGAUUGCGUCACAGAAAUGCCAGGUCACUUUUCUAGUCGCAUAGUCAAGUGUCAGAGCUGAAAUUUUAAUUCACAGUCAUUUCCCAUGCCCAUGGUCUUCACACUUCCAAAAUGUCUCUCAUGAUACCUUUUCUCCCUGUAAAGUCACAAACAAGCCUGUUUUUCUACCUGGCUUUUAUUUGUGGUUUGCUUUAUUAGAAAUUUACUAUGAGAGACCCAGCGGCCCUCCCCAUGCUUAUAAUUUACUGGAAUAGCUUGUUUAGAGGAAAUAAACAGUAAUUGGACUUCAUUGAGAGCUACAGAUUAAUUUCUAAUAAUAACUGAAAAAUUCAGCAAUUUAUAUCAGAUCACUUUUUAGAGCAAUUAAAAAUAGGACUUGGUUAAUGGCCAGACAGCUGCUGAGGAGGGGCAGUGACUAUGCCUGUGUCACAUUGUGUCUUCCACGGGCUUUUGGCUUCAGCUCUUUGGCAGGGUCCCCUCUCUACAUGAUGUUUGUGGAGAAGGCUGGCAGAUAACAUCUGGGCCUGGCACAGGCUUGACACCAAUUGCUUCGGGCCAGCUGUCAGAGAGAGGUUUUCCUUGUGAGCUCUCACAGCUUUCUGGACUCUGCUCCUUCCUGGUUUGUUCCUAAUGCUAAAGACUGUGAGCAAAAGCAAGCUGAGGAGGGAAGGGGUUAUUUUAUCUCACAGACUAUCUAGUUCAUCAUGGUGGGAUCAGGGCAGGAACCUGGGGCAGGAGCUGUAGCAGAGACCUAAAGGAAGGCUGCUUACUGACUUGUUCAAUCUGUUCUAUUAUAGAAACCCAGGACCAUCAGCCCAGGGGUGGCAUUGCCUACAGGCUAAUCUCUUGUGGGCAUUUUCUCAACUGAGGCUCCCUCUUUCCCGAUGACCCUAGCUUGUGUCAGCUUGACAAAGUAAGGAGCACACAGCCCGGCUUGCACUGAGUUUUCUGUUCUCAUUGUUAAGAAAGUCAUGUGAAUUUUCUUCUAUUGGAAAAAGCAUCCAUGACCUUUCAGAGGGCUAAACAAGUUUGAACAUUAAAUAGAAUUAUUUUUCUAAUUAUAAAAGGCAAUGCAGAUAUAUUAUAGGACAAUUCAGGCUGUCGUUAAAGUUAUAAAGGAAAAUACCUUUGAGUGCACAACCCCAAAAGAAUUAUUGUUGUGGUGGUUUUUUACUGUGUUCUUCCCAGAUUGCCCUUGUACAUUUCUGGAUUCACAUGUGUACAUGAACAGAAGUGUGUAUUGUGUUUUCAACUUUGUAUGUUACUUGCAGACCUAAGUCCUUGAACUAGCUAUGUAACAUUUUAUUGUGUGGGGGCAUAAAUUCUAGCUAGGUUUCUGCUCUUAUACAUUUCCGGUUUUCUGGCCAAUUUUAAACUUAUUUUACAUGGAAAUGGGUUAAAAGGACAAGCAAACUGAACUUGGAUUUAUGUUGAUUUGGUGUAUUCAUUAAUUAUUAAAUUAUUAAAGUACCUCUAUUUCCU